ACUUAAGUGAUUAUGAAGGCGACCACCGCCAGUACACCCGCCUCGACACCAACCCUCCCAAACACGUUUUCGUCUCCCUGCCCAGAAUUAAACCUUCUGAUCCACUCCUUCCAUAAACCCGAAAAUCAAUUAAGUUGAAUCCCAUCCUCAAACCUGGCUCGGAAUAUCUUGAAACGCCUAUUCCCUCCUCGAACCCGAAGACCCGUUCCAGUCAUCCCUCUCGAAAUCAGACCGCUCACUGCAAGCAGCAGCAGCAGCAGCGGCAGCAGGAGCAGCAGCAGCAAUUGCCUCUUUAAUAUGGAAAUAAACGUAUUCAAAUUAUGUUCUGGCCUCAAAGUCCUCGGCUACUUAAUGAUCCUUCUAGUUGCCGCCAUCGUCGCCGUCUCAUACCACGCCGUUGUAAUUGUUACCUGUGGCCCACAGUUACUUCGCGGUGGAGCCCAUUCUGUUUUGGCUUUUGCUAUUAUCAUGAUCUUUCAUUUUCUGCUUAUAAUGUUACUGUGGAGCUAUUUUACGGUGGUUUCCAAGGACCCUGGUUCUGUGCCUGAAAAUUGGAGAGCUGUACUUCCAGAGGAGGCUUUGGAGACUGGUUCUUCAUUGAAUGAUAGGUCAGAUUGUGUAGUUGCUACUGAUGGAUUGGAUCGCAGAGCGUUUUGCAAUCACUGCCAGAAUGGAAAGCCGCCGCGUUGUCAUCAUUGCUCUGUUUGCCAAAGAUGUGUUCUCAAGAUGGAUCACCAUUGUGUUUGGGUGGUGAAUUGUGUUGGAGCACGUAACUACAAGUUUUUUCUUCUUUUCUUGCUAUACACAUUCACGGUGACGACAAUGGAUACUCUAGUAUUGUUGCCUGGUUUCAUCAACUUCUUCGGCAAAGCCAAGAAUCAUUCCAGCUCUCCCGGUGAUCUAGCAGUCAUCUUUUUGGCUUUUGUUCUUAAUUUGGCUUUUGCUCUCAGUCUUCUUUGUUUCCUGGUUAUGCAUGCAUCUCUUGUAUCAAGCAACACCACCUCAAUAGAGGUUUAUGAGAAGAAAGGAGCAGCCAGGUGGAAGUACGACUUAGGCAGGAAGAAGAAUUUUGAACAGGUUUUUGGCACAAAGAAGGCACUGUGGUUCUUUCCAUUAUUCUCCAAGGAGGAUGUGGAUAAAAUACCUGCACUUCAUGGCCUAGAUUUUCCAAUACGCGCAGAUCUUGAAUCCUGAGGCUUGGUGAGGUCAUGAUCCUUCCUCUUUCCACUGCUGGAGUUUCUGGAAACGCAGUGAACACGGGAUGAAAAAGGUUCAGUCCAUUCUACUUCAUUUAUUCAUAACCUUGGUUAUGAGAAGAUGCACCUGAAAUUUAGGGGCAGCCACGAAUAUUUGCUUUGCCAUGGGAUGUUGAUUUUUGGAGUGGGUAUCAUAUCAGAAGGAUAACUUAUGUACUAUAUAGCAAAGUGGGAAGUAUGUAGUAUCUGAUGAUAUAACUAUUACACUGGAAUGGCAUUGCAAAAUCUACAAUUUUGGCCAUUGCACAAGUGUGUGCAGUUAUGUAGAUUUGAUGGCAAUUUUUCUGCCAUCCUCUUUAUUAUGUGGUCUCCUUCUGUGUUCAUCAAUCAUGUUGCAAAUCCAAAAUUUAUUUACAUUGACUUC